AUGAACAUUCGGGGCACCCCAGACCUCGGGCAGCCCAGUGUCGACCCCAGCAGUGGUGGUGAACGUGAGCGGAUUCGACAACGCAUGAAGAUGGUUAUCGGACAGCUGGAGGGCAUCCUACGGGAGCUCAAGGAAGUGGCCAAGGAGCUCAGGGAGGUGGUGAGCCAGAUAGACAAGUUAACCUCAGACUUCGAUUUUGAACUGGAGCCAGAUGACUGGACCACAGCCACUGUGAGCAGUACCUCCAGCAGCGACAAGGCCGGUGUAGGUGGCCCGUUUGACUUGGGCCACCUGGACUUCACGACAGCUGACAUCCUCUCAGACAGCUGGGAGUUCUGCUCCUUCCUGGAUGUCUCUACCCCUUCAGAUUCCAUGGAUGCCCCCGAACCAACACAACCAGGGGCUGGUUCAGACUACCGACUCAUGAACGGUGGCAUGCCCAUUCCUAAUGGGCCACGGGUGGAGACUCCAGACUCCUCCAGUGAGGAGGCCUUCAGCACCGGCCCUCUCAAGGGGCAACUGCCCCAGCGAACCCCAGGCACACGGGAGAGAGUGCGCUUCAGUGACAAAGUGCUCUACCAUGCUUUGUGCUGUGACGAUGAAGAGGGGGAUGGUGAGGAGGCAGCAGCAGAGGAGGAGGUGGGCCUGUCACCAGAGCCUCCCAAUACAGAGACCCAUGUGGGCCCCCUCAAGACCUCCCAGGCCCCCAACAAGCCAAAGCGCCCUACACUGACUGGACAAUGCUCAUUGGCCCCUGAGCAGACGCGAAGGAUCAUGAGGAACAGCAGCACCCAAACAGUGUCAGACAAGAGCACGCAGACAGUGCUUCCCUACACAGCCUCCAGACAGAAAGCCAAAGGGAAAAAUUAG